AUGUUGCUCAGAGCGACACUCGUGGCACUGGCUGCAAUUGUGGACUUAGUGCAUGCUCAAGAUGAAUCUAACCAGCCACCAUGCUCGCAGCUUAGCGCUCUUUCGACGAACAAUGCCACCAUCUUCCCAGCCGACCUCGCAUAUUCGUGUUUGCGCUCAGUACCAUUAGCCAAGGAAGGUGAUCUGGUCCAGCUCAGCGGCCUCCGGACGUUCCUUGAGUUCCAGAGCGACCUGACAUAUCUUGAAGAUCCCACCAUUGGUCGCAUUUACCCUGGAGUCGAUCUUUUGGCCGGCCUGGACAAGCUCACCUCAUUGCUCGAAGACGACUUCUACGACAACGAAUACAGCUUCCAGCUGGAUAUCUUCAAACUUCUCUCCUCCGCUUACGAUGGUCAUCUUCUAUAUAUUCCUGAUAUCGUGGACGUGUUUGCUUUCGGCAGAUUGCUCAACGAAGAUCUGGACGAUCAAGGUGAUACUCCAGAUGUCUAUGCAUACAGUGACGAAGCGGCCCUAACCAAUCCUGGAGAUUUCGGUUACAGUCCGUCCCCUAUCAUCCAGAUCAAUGGUGAGGAUGUUUUGACCUGGCUCAACAGCUAUGCAUCUCAAAAUGGCCGGUCCCAAGAUCCCGAUGCAAACUACAAUCAGGUAUUCGUGAGUGUUCCUGCAUUGGCAUUCCAGGGCACCGAGACGAGCUACUUUGCUCUGUCUAGAUUCUAUCAAGGCGAAAACACAGUACUCACUUUUGCCAACGAGUCUACCCGUGAUGUGAUGACAAGAGCGCACUACUUGUCUGACAAGUCACUGGAGGGUCUUACAGAUGGUGCAAGCUUCUUCGAUAGGUUCUGCAACAACAAUCUCACAGAGACGAUCUUGGCGCAAGCGAAUUCUUCUGGAACAACGCCUUCACAGACCACUUUGAACGAUACUGCUGUUCCCUACGAACCUGUUUCGACGGAGGGUGUUGCAUCACCGCAUCCAGCAUACCCAAGACCUAUCGUCAUCUCUGAGGACAAGAGUGUUGCCGGCUAUUUCUCAAACGCCAAUCCAGAUCUUGCAAUUCUUGCGGUAACCAGCUUCUCCUCUCUCUCCCUCAUCGAAUUCGAGAACGUCGUACGUCAACUAUUGGCAACUGCAAGUGAGAACAACCGAACCAAACUCGUCAUCGAUCUUCGCGGCAAUGGAGGAGGCACCAUCUUCCUGGCUUACGAUAUCUUCCGCCAACUCUUCCCGACCGAGACUCCAUAUGGUGCAGGCAAUUAUCGCGCAGGCGAGCUUCAUAACUUUACAGGACGUGUUGCAAGCGAGAACAUAGAACAGCUUCGUUCGGCUUACCCCGAGUUGGUCAAUGCCGGUGUUGAUGGAGUCGUGCUCAACAGUUUCAACUAUCGUGAACCUCUGACCGAGAAUAACGAGCAAUUUACCUCUUGGGAAGACUUCUUUGGGCCACAGCAAAAUGACAGAGGAGAGUUUACGUCGCUCAACCGCUUCAAUCUCACAGACAUCUCUGCAACAACGGUGCCUAUACUUGGCUACGCUGAGGACAAUAUCACACAGCCCCAGACUUUCUCACCAGAGGAUAUAGUCCUCUUACAUGACGGAAACUGUGCAUCAACUUGCGCCAUCUUCAGCGAAUUCAUGACUUCCCAAAUGUCCACACGGUCAGUCGUGGUCGGCGGAAGACCACAAACCGGACCCAUGCAAGGUGUUGGCGGUGUCAAAGGCUCUCAGGUCCAGGGCAUGUUCAUCCUGUCUACCAUCGUCACUGCCGUCCUCGCCGCUGCACCUCUGCCUGAUCAACUCGACUUUAUCACUAAGUUCGGGACCGAUCUCGUUUCAGCUACUCAACAGGCACUCAACCGUGCCUCCGCCGGUGGCUCCCUAAUCGUCAAAGCCAGCGUCAACUUCCGCAACAAUAUCCGCCAGGGAGAUGAGAGCGAGACACCACUACAGCACAUCUAUGAAGCAGCAGACUGUAGGUUUUUCUAUACUCCCAAAAUGUAUGCUGAUCAAGCUGCUGUUUGGGAUCAAGCGUACGAUUCUACCUGGGGUAGCAUGGAGUGUGUCGAAGGAUCUACUGAACAUCCUUCUUCGGUCACCGGUGGUAGUGACAUCACUGCUGAACCACCCGAGAUGGCUAGGAACUUCUUUGGAGGAAAUGGUAGUAUCGUGUUGGGAGCAGAAUUUGACUCUGUUCUGAGGAAUACCAGCUCGGGAUCUAGCAGCUCUGGAAACAGCACCACUCCGGGAGGUAACAGCACUGCAGAGAGUAACGGCGACAGCGAGGACUCAAAGAGUGGAACCAAUGCGCUAGUAGCACCUUCCAUCCGGGCUUCAUUUCUAGCCCUCAGUGGUAUCCUAUUAUUUCUGUAG